CACUAGUGGCUCGUCGUGGUACGGCACACAACCGAGACCAGUCAACCGGCGGGCGUAUACACGCACUAUGUUUAUUUACAUGGCUGCCGUGUUGACGGUCCUGGUCCGUAUUUGGUCAUUUGUAUGAUUCCGAUUCGCAAGCGAACACUGCUGUGCCCAGAGGAGGUUAUUUUUCAUCCAGCGGUAUGAAGGGCACGUCAUUUUUUUUCCUGAAGUCGUCACAUUGGACACAAAGAAACCCCGAAGAUGUUCUCGUGGUGCGCGUACAUGGCUAUAGUUUCGAAUAAACUUACAGUUGUUCUGUUCAGCUAUCGAAAGCAGACUGACAACCUAGAUUUGAGUAUUCCGUGAUCCUGAUUCUGACGGUGAGCAACAAAAAGUGUUCGGAUAUCUUGAUAUCUGCAACUCCCCUGGGCCCAGCGAAGAUGAGCAAUGCGUUGGUCUAUUCUGGUGUAGCUUUUCAUGAGACUAGUGGAGAGGAGUUGCAGUCGCUCUGAGCCGUCAAAAACCUUUGUUGCAGAGGAACUAAUGUGAUUCAGAACGCUUGAAAUUAUAGAAGCUUUGCAGUACAUGCUACAUCGUUGGUGAGCGGUCAUUGACAAAAGUUAAAUUCGUUAAACCACUGGAAAUUCAGACUCAGCAAGAUUUCGUCAGAAGCUCAUCAAAGUAAAUGCAUCCAAGAAAUUGGUUCAUUUCAGCCUCGCUUUCUGAUUCAGAUAUUAGACCGGAGUCCGUUUCGAUAGAUUUUCCUUAGUCUGGCGGACGAUUUUUCAUUCCCUUCCGAUAAAUAUGCCAGAAAAUGGGCCCCUCGACAAACCGUCCUAGUUUGGAGGACUUGGACCACCCAACUAUACAGGAAAGGGUGCCGACAAAUUUAUUUUAGCCAUGGGACGAAUUCGAACCUUCGACAUCGUCUUGGACAACAACAGUGUGGCCGAGGUGAGGGGCGUGCCAAUAUACAGGCCUGGUGGUCACCUGACUGGGGUCGUCCAUCUCACCCUAAAUACACCUCGAGAGGACGUGACAGAGAUUUCCAUCAAACUUCAGGGACGAGCCAAGACGAACUGGACCGAGGUCGUGAGAACCCCAAAUGCCGCCCUCACCGACCACCAGCAGGUUACGUUUACUGGGAUAGAAGUGUACAUCGACGAAAAGAUGUCACUGUGGCAACGAGCUCAUUCAAAUCAGCGGUUGAACCGAGGACCCUUCCAGCUGCCUUUUCAGUUCCAUAUCCCCGCGGAGGACCUGCCCCCAGCCUACGAGGGGCCCGGGGGCCACGUCAGGUACCGUCUCAUGUGUGAGAUCAGCGGCGAAUCCUCCUUGUCCUACACCAAGACCACCAAGACGAUAGGGAUCGCCGGCCGACCGCUGGACUUGAACUCUGUUCCCAAUGCGAUGCUACCGAUCCACGGCGAGUCGGAGUCUCUCAUGAGCUCACUCUGCUGCAUCACCGGGUCGAUCAAGGUCCAGGCCUCGGCAGACCGACGGGCCUACGUCCCGGGAGAGACAGCCUACAUUACGGCCAUCAUCAACGGAUCGAAUGGGAGAAGAUACAACGUCGUUAUGGAUUUAAUCGAGGAGGCCACAUUCCGAGGCACCGGGUCCGUCUUCACGUCUCCCGGGGUCAGCGUGACACGGCCCGGGUCAUGCCAGCGAUCACGUGAAGUCAUCCGCAAAAAGACGAGUGGGGUGCUGCAGAGACGUGGGGAGACGACACUCCAACGAGAGCCGCUGGUCAUCCCAGAUUUCAAGCCUAUCGUCGACAGUGGUUUCACAGGUUGCAGCAUCAUCGACGUCAACUACUUCAUACGUGUAAGUCCGAUACUUAGCCGUCUACAUCGAUCAGCUGAUACAGAAGUCUUGCUGCCUAUCUUUAUAGGGCGUGUCCCUUUCUCAGCUCUCCCUUCAUAUCACGCAUCAGCUUCCCACUUGGUCCAUCCUGUUGAGCCACCUCCAAGCUACGAGAUAGCAACGUCUUUCCGUUACAACACUCCACAAGAACACGUCGGCGGUGCUUUUGUGAACCAAGCAUAUUCUCCAAUUACAGAGGAUACCACUACGCCACAUGAUCCCAGUGGCCUCACUGUUGCACUUCCGCCUGUGGCGGCAAACAGCGAUGCUUCAGCCCAUCAAUGGGUACCUGGCGAGCGCCAACAGUCGCAGUCUGUAGAUCAGCACGACAGCAGACCAGCCCAUCCCCGCCCGCGUCCCGUCAUCCCCCCUCCUGGAAUUCGUUCGAGUGCCGUAACGGGCACGCGAGGCAUUGUCAACCCCGUAUUCACGACAGACACGAGGGAUGAGCAGGACGGUUCAGCUGAAGAGUCACGCGGACGGCCGACAAAUGAGGAGGCAUCCUCCCCAGAGGUGCGUCAAGAGAGUACUGCGCCAGUUGAAGAUGAACCCCUUCCCUCACCCCUGCCACCGCCGCCCCUGUUGUCAUCGCCUACUGAAGAGGUGUCCAAGGAUAGGACCAUAAAUACAGCCCACGAUACUCGGCUUCGCGACGUCAGAAAAACAAGACUAAAACAAGAGGAAAGGCGUGACCGGGCAUUUUCACGCGAGAGUGCGACAUACUUCCUCCCGAAGUACGAAAGGCAGCUACUCGGCCGUGUUACAUCCCAAGACGACACGGAGGAAGACGCAGAGCCAGCCCAGGUCAGAUUGCACUCUUUUUUCCUUCCCAUUUCCGCGGAAUCGGAGUCGGUAGAGAUCCUCGGGUCUGACCUAGCGGUCGAGCAAACAGCACCAAGUAGGGAAACACUACCGCCCCCGUCGCCUUGGAAGGAUGAACAACCCAAUCUGUCAGUUGUUCCCAUUUACCAUGAAGAAGCUUCCACAAGCCCUGAAGUCCAAACACUUAUUUUAGAGGAGCCUGCAGCAACUGCCUCAAUUUUCCUAAAUCAAGAGGCAGCUCCUCAAGUUAUUAAAACAGACGACUGGGAAAAGUACACUGCGCCGGAGACUGAUAACGAGGAUGAUUCUGAGAACAAGAUAACAGCUCCCGAUGUCCCCGAAGAUAACAUGGGGUCUAAAUCUUCUGAAACGUCGUUCGUGCCUGUCCAUGCAACACCACAAAAGAGCAAGAAACCUGUUGGAAAGCAAGACCUGAAUCAUUCCCCGUCAACCUCUGGUUUUGUCGAAUUACCACCGUCUGAAUCCAGAGAAGUAUCUCCUGGACAGGUCGAUCGAUCGAAAGACUCUAUCCAAAGAUCCAAAAGGCCUCCUCGUCUAGCACCCUCGAGCAACCUCAGCAAUCAGUGGCCUGAUGACAGUCCCUUGUCACCUUCGAAGGAAUCCCUGUUUGGAAAUGUUCGAAUUGUGCACGAUACUUUAUGGCAGCAUUCGAGGACGCCCUCUCCUUAUUUCCACCCAGAUGAAGGCCGAUGGGAUCAAGACGAGGUGUCCUCCGUGUCCAGCUUCGGCUCCUACUCCCCGUCGGCACACACCCCUCGCGAAAGGAGCUGUGCCAGAUCAUCCGAUGUUGCGGGGAGACGGGAGGUCAGUACGCUGCCGAAAGGAAAGCCAUCAAGCCGCGGGUUGAGAGAAUCUGCCUUAGCGAGUCUCGAUACGCGAAAACGGGGGUUGAGGCACUCGACAUCUCAUCCAAUCACACAAGACUCGAGAGGAAGCUCCUCUGAACGUCAACGUGGCUCGAGGAAAGAAAGAAAUUCGUCCUCCGACCUCCAUCCCCGCCCCGACCUAAGAAGAGUGCAGAAGGCGAUCUCUCUGCCAACUAUGGAUCAGCCUUGGACCGCGUCAUCGUCACUUCGCAUGGCGGCACUGAGGCUGGAUCGUGAUAUCUAUCAGUCAAGGAGCCAAGGCAAUAAAAAUUGGCACACCGUGGACGGGGCACAGUUUUCCACACUGCCAGAGGAUCAUUCUCACCGCGCACAUGAUACUUCACCAACCCACCUAAAUGCAGCCGGAUACCAAGAGAACGUCAACAAGAAACGAUCUUCAAAGAUUUCCGCCACUGCAAAUCAGCAAAACGAGGAACCAAGACUUCCCCCUGCCGAGAGGCGAAAGACAGCAUCAUCUGCGCCCUCGGUCAGACAGUAUCACCAGGAGUCGGUUACGGAAGAAGGAAAAAUCCCAAAGCUGAAUUCAAGUCUGCCUUAUUAUAGCAUCGAUCGAGCUUAUUGGGACGAGCAGGAUGGGCUGGAGUCAGACAAACAUAGGCUCGAGACUUUUGUCUGAGGAAUAAUGUUAGCAUUAUUUGUUGUCGUCCUAUCUCGAGGUCUCGCUCUCAGAAAGACUUGCACCCUCAACUUCACGCUACUUCGGUAAAAUUGAUGUGUUUGUUUUUCAACAAUGUUGUCGUGUCAAGCUGUGUAUUCCGUCAAGGUACAAAUUUGAUAGCCUUUAUUAACCAUCGUCGAACAGUGCCAUCCAUUUUUUUUAAGUUUCGAAGUCACGUUCUCUAUAUCACAUACCCAUACACUUAAUUGUACAUAAGGCACAGUACUCUUCAUAUAGAUCACGUAACACUGAUAAAAACAAGUGCAUUACAAGCUUAUAUGUCGUACCUAUAUCACUUUCUGUUUAGUGUGAUACACUGGGUUAUGCACAAUGUGAAUAUUACAAGUCUCAGUUAGUUUUUGUCCUUUCAAGAAAAAGUGUUUACCAACAAUAAUCAAUGAGAUAUUCUCUUGACUUGUUUAUGACGUUGUCUGUUAAAAAAAUGUUUCGUGAUAUGCGGCUUUGUGUUAAAAGAUAAUAAAUCUGGCACAGAUUACUACUUUGUUGCAAUUGCCAACAGUGCCUAGAGGAAUUAUGCAAUUCUACUUAUCAAUUGAUCUCACUUUGCCAGAUUUACUGUUGUAAGUGUAAUACGGUACCAAUUUAAAGUGAGGUGUGUACUCGUAAAUAGAAUUGUAACAAAACAUACGUUUUUCAAAAAUUUUACUGUUCUUAUUAUUUAGUAUAAAUUAUGUCGAUAACAUAAUUGCAAUACAGUGACUUAGAUUGGCCAUUCUUCACAUCCAAGACAAAAAGAGGGCGGUAUUUUCCUUUGCCCAUGUAUAUUUGUAUAAAGUGAUGUGUAUGACUUUCAAAAAAUGAAGACUGGAAAUCGAUAUCAAAAAGGAAUAAUUUUAUGUGAGUUUAACUGAGCUGUGUGAGCAAAGCGCAAUAAAUGCAAUGUUGAGUUGCUGUACACUUUCAA